AUGGAGGAAUACUCGAUUAAGCAAGUCGCUGAGCAUAACAGCCCCAAGGAUGCAUGGUUAAUCAUCCAUGGCCAAGUCUACGACGUCACGAAAUAUCUGGCAGAUCAUCCUGGCGGUGCCGAUGUCCUCACAGAGGCAGCUGGUACUGAUGCCAGCCAAGACUUUGACAACGCUGGACACUCAGAAGAUGCCUUCGAGAUCAUGAAAGACUGCUGCGUUGGCAAGAUUCAAGGCUUCGAGAAGAAGAAGCCCAAGCUUAAGCCAGUUGCACCUGUCGAGACAGUCAAGGCCCAGACUCGUGGGCUCCGAUCAGUCUCAACAUUGUUCAAUAUAGGCUUCAUUGUCUGCGCUGGUGCGGGAGCUUACUACAUUACUCGCCGUCAAGGACUCGCUGUACCAGAUUGGCUGCUGUCAUCUCUACGGAGUGACUCCAGUGGUUCAAGCUUUAUCAAGGGCAUCCUUGUCGGUGGCGGAUCUCUUGCGACCUUCAAUGCUGUCGCUGCACAGCGAUUCACGAGUCUGGCGAUGAAGAGCAAGCCCUUCACGAGUUAUCCUGCCCACAUGAAGAUUCCCAAGCGAGCUGAGGAAGAUACCUUGCUACAGCGCGGACUUUUAGAUCCUGUCACAUACUCGCCACUUCCCCUCAAGCGCAAGACUCUCGUUACGCCUAAUGUGUACCGCUUGACAUUCAGUCUUCCAGCUACGAGCACUGUUCUUGGGUUGCCGAUUGGUCAGCACGUCACUAUCAAAGCUGACGUUGAUGGAGAGAGUGUCGCGCGAUCAUAUACUCCAGUGUCCAACAAUUCCGACCUUGGCGUUCUUGAAUUAGUCAUCAAAGUGUACCCAGAUGGCAAGCUUACAAGCGGGUAUCUGGCGAAGCUCGAGGUUGGCAAUGAGGUCCUUUUCAGGGGACCGAAGGGAGCAAUGAAGUACCAACCGAACCUUUGUAAGAAGAUCGGCAUGAUCGCGGGUGGCACCGGUAUCACCCCGAUGUUCCAGGUUAUUCGUGCUAUCUGCGAGCAUGACCGCGACACAACAGAGAUCUCUCUUAUCUAUGCAAACAGAACAGAGGAGGACAUCCUGCUUCGGGAAGAGUUGGAUAGAUUUGCCAGGAGAUAUCCCAAGAACUUCAAGGUCUAUUACCUGCUGGAUCAACCACCAGCGGAUUGGAAGUUUGGGUCUGGGUAUGUGACUGGGGAGUUGAUGAAGGAGAAGCUUCCCUCACCGAGAAUGGAUUCCAAGGUAUUCCUUUGUGGUCCACCUGGAAUGGUCAACGCAUCAAAAAAGGCACUUGUUGAACUGGGCUUUGAACAGCCUGGGGCAUCUGCGAAGAUGUCAGACCAGAUAUUUGCAUUUUGA